AAUCUCGAAAGUUAUUACGUGUUUUCAAGACACACUAACUUAAUGUAAUGGAAACCAGGCUUAAAUUAAAAACAUAAAUAUUAAAUACAGUUCAAAGUCCGCGUUGUAGUAUUUGAGAGAAGGCGAAAGAGAAAUCUCCAGAGAAUCAACAACUUAGAGAAUGUUUGCUAAACCUGGGAAAUGUGCUCCUUCUGUCACUAAAACAUCCUGUAUCUUACACUCAUCUCUUUUCAUUUGGUAUUGUUUUGGUAUUUAUCACGAUAGAUGCUGCUAUCCUUUUUCAGAAAACAAAACCUACGGUGGACGAACGAAAUAUUUAACACAUAUAACAGCAUACUUGGUAUGGAUAAGUUCCGGAGUUGCAUGCUUCGCAGAUCUCAUACAACUGACAACAAAUUGGCUGGAAUCGAAAAGCUCUAAAGAAGAAUCACGUUCGGUGAUUUUAUUGGUUCGUGACGAGCUGAUGUCCUUUUGGGCGUUUACAUUGUCGGUUUUCGUGUGUAUUUUAUACUGGGGUAUACUCUAUGUUGACUACGAUGGGAUGCAUUCAGAAGCGAUGGAAAAAAUUUCACCACUUUUCGGAUGGUUCAACCAGUUUUUGCACACUCUUCCGAUUAUAAUUGCGUUUAUUUUAACGAUUUGCGUUAAUUACCAACACCCUCCCAUUUGGAGAAUCUUAAUCUACAUUGUUACCCUCGGUUCCGGCUAUUUAUCUUGGAUUAACCAUUGCGCAAAAAUGAACGGAUAUUAUGCUUACCCUUUUAUGAAUCAUCAGUCGAGUAGCGAAUUUAUUAUUUUUUGUAUAUUCUGCCAUUUUGUUUUCUUCUUUAUAUAUCUGAUUGGCCGAAAGUUUGCUUCUUACGUAUGGAGUGCUGAAAGAAGCAAAAACUAUAAUUCAUCUAAGAAGAAUUGAUUUCUAAUGAAUAUUUGACAUGCAUUUUUCUGUUAAAAGCACUUAAUCAACGUCCAGUGCUCAAGCAAAUAUAUCAUUUUGUUUUAAAUCUUGUUUUUAUCUUUUUGUUUUAAGUCUUGUUUUUAUCUUUAAAAACACUGACACCUAACUAAACUCUGGUCUCUUGAAAUGUCUUCAAACUCAAUUUAAUUUUUUUGCUGGCUAUUAUAUAAUUGUAGUAUAUCACUUUGUAACCCCAUCGCACUUUGUGAUCCAAUUUUGUCAAAAUUUGUAAUUCCAUCGCAAUGUGUACCCCAAUUUGUCGCACUUUUGUAAAGCCACCUUUUUACACUUUGUGAUCCCAGAUAUUUUUGCGAUAGAAUACACCCCUCUCAUAA